AUGCUAGCGCGUGCAGCCGUGGAUAUCUGCGGUGUAGCGCCUGACCAAGCUGUGCUAUACACACCGCUACCAUCCUCGCUCCGGGACGCGGUCCCAAUGUGGAAAUGCAUUGGGACCGAUCAAAUCAUCCCGCUUGAUCGCAUCAAUGACGACUACUGCGAUUGCGACGACGGAUCGGACGAGCCAGGCACAUCUGCGUGUCCAAACGGCUGGUUUUACUGCCACAACGAGGGGCAUAUUCCCAGCUAUAUCCGGUCCAGUCAAGUGAACGAUGGUGUUUGUGAGCCGGCGUGCUGCGACGGCAGCGACGAGACGGACGGCAAGACUGUCUGUCCCAACGUCUGCGCAGCGAUGAACAAGGAAAUGCAAGCGCGCCUUGCGAAUGAGAGAAAGGUGCAUCGCCGCGGCGCGAAAGUGCGCCAAGGGUACGUUGGCAAGUUUGUCAAGGACAAGGCUGCAACGACAGCGGAGUGUGCGCGCAUAGGCACGGAGCUCCGUGCCGCUGAACUGAAUCAGCACGCGCUACGGGAGGCGAUGGAGAGUGCAGAGGAGCUUAGUAGUGGGCGCGAACAACGCAAGCGCGCUAGUCCUUUGUACGAAAGCAUAGAAACGCGCAACGAGGCCAUUGCUGCUCUGCGCGACAACGUCGAUGCAGUCGCUGGCGAGCUUAUGGCUGUGGGACGUAUGUUGGAGCGAGUCAUCAAGGACGAGAAGGAGCUGGAAGGCGUGCAAAGUGCGUACAAGAUCUGGCUGGGCCGUACGUUUGAUGGCGACGACGAGCGCGAGAGGAGUCUGCAGGAGAAAGUGGAUAUCAUGUUGCAAAAGCUUGAAUUUAGCCGAGAAGACCUCACUACCUUGGUCGAGCAGGACACGCUUGCUCUUUUGGAUGGCGCGCCGAAUUUAGGAUCCAACGCAACGGAGCCCCAAAGUCCGAUGCUCGAUAUUGCCGCUUACCUCCCCGAUACGGCUGUGCCGUUGUAUCGGCGCAUCGUUGCAUGGAUUUUGGAUAUGCUUCUCAAGCUCGGUCUCAUUUCGCACGCGCAAGUACCCGACUAUUCAGGCGGACUUCGCGCUGCGCGCGACGCGCAUGAAAAGAGUCAGCAGCAUACGCGGGAUUUGCGCGUCGCGCUGGAUGACCAGGAAGUGCGUUUGCGUAAACUGGAUACGCAUGUCGGCCGCGACGGCGAGUUUUAUGCUUUGCACGGCGAGUGUAUUAAGACGGACACUGGCGACUAUACGUACGAGCUGUGCUUUGGCGAGUCCACCGCACAGAUAUCGAACAAUGAUCAGUACACAUUUAAUUUAGGCCGCUUUAGUGGGUUUGAUACUGCAUAUCCACUUGACGACAACCGGCGGUACCUUACGCUUUUUUACAAGGAUGGGCAAUCGUGCUGGAAUGGACCGCCGCGCAGUACCAAGGUCACGCUCGAAUGCGGUGAGCGGAACGAGCUUGUGGACGUGUAUGAGGCUGAAAAGUGUGCCUACACCAUGCAUGCCAAGACGCCCGCCGUGUGUUUCCCAAAGCCACCGGCGGACGGGGUGGUUCAUAACGAAUUGUAG